AUGGCGCGCCGUCUUCUUCUCGCCAGCCUCGUCUGGGCACGUGGCGCACGUGGCCUGUCCUUUGCCGGGGACCUCGAGCUUGUGCAGACAGUCAUGAGCGGCCUCGCGGAGAAUCGUCGCGUGUCUACACCGGGGCGGGAGGUCUACAAGCAUGCUGGCGUGCCCGUAUACCCACGCAUUGCCUAUGGUGAGCGUGAUGCCCGUGAAGAAAAGUCGUGGAUGCUCGUGCUGAAUAAGGAUGCUACCGACGCGGAGCUGCAGGCUCUUCUCCAUGAGCUCCACCCGACGGCGCUGAAGACCAAUCCGAGCAUGGGCGAGCUGCCCAUGGUGGAGGGGCGGCUGUCGGACACUGCACUCCAAGCGCUGCUGGAGAAGUACUCUGGGCGCGUCGAGUUUGUCGAAGAGGAUCAAAAAGAGAGGAAGAUCUGGGAGUCCCUCGACGAAAAUGACGGUCCAAUGGAGCGGCGGGCCUACCCAUGGAACAUCGAGUCCAUUAAUGCGAACCUGAAUCGGGGGCGUGGCGUGGGCGUGAAUGUGUAUGUCCUGGACACCGGCAUUCAGACAUCCCACAUAUUGUUCGGUGGCCGGGCCUUCGCAGGAGUUGAUGUGGGCAGCACAGGGACUUUCCAAGUGUGCGCUCCAAGCAGCACAACGUGCGCUGCAGACCUCAAUGGGCAUGGCACCCACUGCGCAGGCACGGUAGGGGCCUCGCUAUAUGGCGUCGCGGAUGGAGCGACCAUUUGGGCAAUGAAGGUCCUCGACAACAACGGCGACGGCUUCACCUCUUGGUCCGUUCUAGCGCAGCAGUGGAUUUAUUCGUCUGGUUUGAGGCCAGCAGUGGUCAGCAUGAGUCUCGGAAGUUCUGGCACCAGCGAUGCGGAGCAGCUCUCGAUCGACGGGUUGGUGGCCGCCGGCGUGACCGUGAUUGCGGCCGGAGGAAACCAGAACUUGGAUGCGUGCGACUACAGUCCAGCGAACGUCGCCUCGGCGAUCACGGUGGGAGCCUAUGGCGGGACUUCGGGCUCGUCAUCGGCCAUGUCUCCCUUCAGCAACUACGGCGCCUGCAUCGACGUCUGGGCACCUGGCACUUUCAUCCUCUCGACGUACAUUGGCAGCAACGAUGCGCUGGCCCAUGGCUCGGGCACGUCCAUGGCGGCCCCCCACGUCGCUGGCCUCGCGGCCAUGAUGUACGAGGCGCACCCGUCGGCAGCAUCCAUGACCGCCUCGCAGAGGUGGGAUCUCAUGACGGCCUCCAACCGCACAGGCUGGGUCACGGGAAUUCCACCGGCCAGCAACUGGGGAGGACUGGUCACGAUUGGGGAGACUGUCAACUUGGUGGCCUUGGCACCUGCGCCGACAACCGCUCCGACGCCCUCGCCGACACUCUUGGCCGCGUCUUCGCCGACACCCUUGCCCACGCCCUUGCCGACAACCUCGCCAACGGCCUCGCCGUCACCCUCGCCGACGUCCUCGCCGACACUCUUGGCCACGUCUUCGCCGACACCCUUGCCCACGCCCUUGCCGACAACCUCGCCAACGGCCUCGCCGUCACCCUCGCCGACGUCCUCGCCGCCAUCCACUGCGACAGCGCCGCUACCAAGCUUAGGUGGGGUAUCUGGCACGGGUGAUCCCCACCUCGUCAACAUGUUCGGCGAGCGUUUUGACCUCUACCGCACUGGUCUGAAUGUCCUCUUGCAGAUACCGCGAUGGGCUGGCCCGCAGCAGACGUUGCUACUCCUGGAGGCUGACGCAAGGCGCAUGGGUGGUACGUGCUCUGACGUGUACUUCCAGAUUGUGAAAAUAUCAGGGGCUUGGACCAACCAGACUGAUGUCCUCGAGUUCUUCGCAAAUACCAGCGAUAAUCACCCCAGCAGCAUGAUGUGGAGGCGUUUUGACAAGGUCGACUUGAAGGUGGUGAACGGUAAGACUCGUGAGGGUAUAGAUUACCUGAACGUCUUCGCAAGAAAUCUCGGCAAUACUGGUUAUUCGGUCGGCGGCUUACUGGGGGAAGACGAUCACGGAGACGCGAGCACUCCUUCGAGUGCGUGUACCAGGCAAAUGUCACUUUUGGCGGGGAGCCUUACCGGCGAGGUGUCCUCCGUGUGGUCAGUUGCAGAAGGAAGCUUCUCGUGA